CUGCUGGCGAGACAUCUGCGUGCGUAUCGACCGCGGCCGCUGAGCGCUCUCGGCCUGGGCUGGCCCGGGAACCCAAGCAUUAUGCUGGCUACGAUUUGAGAGCCUUUAGUGAGUGUGUCGCCAAGCCGCUGUGUUGACGAUGACCCCCGACUGCAACAAGAACGCCAGGUGACGUGAGGUGGACUCUACAAAAAAAGAUGAAGAACAAACGCUCUUUGUUCCCGCUUCUGCUUCUGGAGGUGCUGGUGCUAACAGGCGCAGGGGAGGCAGCCGGGGUCGGUGCACCCGUAGACCCUUUUCAUGCCGAGCCGCUGCCCACUCCCGUUGCCUUACGCUCGUCCGAGGAUGCGGAGGCGCCGCCAGAGUCUGGACAGACGCCCCUCAGGUGCUGGGAGUGCACCUCGACCACGCAUGGCAGUGAGUGCUAUAACCUCGAAAAUGACGUUGAAAAUGAGACCUCCAUCGCUGCCUUCUCCAGAGAGUGCGCGCCCGAAGAGACUUUCUGCUCGGUGGAAAGAGUCUGGUACGUGGAGGAAGGAGAUGUUAAGGAGAACCAUAUAAGUGUGAAUAGGACAUGUUCUGCGCAGUGUUCUCCCUUCUGCCUUGUCAUGGGUGACAGGAACAAGGUCCACAGCUGCAUUACCUGCUGCUCCGAACACCUGUGCAACGUCGGCAGGUCAUCCGGCCGACGUCCCAUGACCAGCCCUUCCCUCCUCGCUGCCGCCCUCUCCGCCGCCCUCGCGCCCGCCCUCGGGGCCCUCGCCACGCCCGGGAGGAAGAGCUUCGCUUGGUCUGCACAUCCGCUGCUCGCCUCUCUUCUCGGGCUUUGCCUCCUCCUCACGGUGUCCUCCGCCUCAAAUCUCUUCCCAGACAUUUAAGCGAAUCAUAGAUAUAUUUUCUUUGAAAUAAGAACUAAGGAAUUCGUUUCUUCUUCCAACCACAUGACUUGACCCAUGGUUAUUGGUGCCGACCAGAGGGACGGAGCUGUUUGCAGCCCGUCUCUUGCCGUGAUAUGUUUAGCCUGUGUUGACUGCUCUUACUCGUUUUUUUUUUUUUUUCCUUUCUCAGAAAGAUUGAACAAGUUUCCAAAAUAACAUGAACAGACAUAUCAUGAACAGAUACCUGAUAAGUUGCUGUAUCACCUGAGGACUCAGUUCCUCUGAAUGUUAACCGGAAAUUAUUUACGUGUGGAGAAAACCUGUGGGGACGGACGCCCGGGGACGCCGCGGUACCACCUCGUCCAGCAGCAUUCGCGGAUCAGAACUAGACCUUAAUUAUGCUUAGAGAAAACAUGUAGUUGUCUCAUUUGGACCACUGACCCGCUGAUUGGUCGAGGAGAUCAUGUUCUCCUAUUCUCAACCACAUAUAUAUAUAAAAUGAGCUUCAUAGAUUAUACAAUUAGUGAGUUCGAUUUUUCCGAACACCAUUUGCUUGUGUGUAUAAACCCAAAGAGCUGAUAACCGUCCCAGUGAGGCGGGGAAGUGCUUCCGACCAGUCACCGUGCUGGGGGUUGAGACCAGUGGUUCCCUCGACCAAACAGUGAGAUGAAAAAAAAAACAAACAAUAAAAAAGAUUAAAUAACGAAGUAAUAAUGAUCACAUAUCAGCGAAUGAUGCGGCUUUUCGAGAUGUAGUGGUUCUAGAUAAAGCGACUCAUUUUAGUAGCUGUGUCGUCGAUCUGAGCGACGUUUUUAAUCUCUAGCUCUUGGACUUACCUGUAGGAAGACCAUUGCAGUUGCAUUACGAGAGAAAAUAAAGCAUGUAGCGGAUGUUA